UUGAUACAGUUAUUCCUUCAUUCUUUCGCCGCGUGGUCUGUACGGAAUCUAAAAUGAUUCUUUACCGAAUUACUCAACUGAGUCACAGAAUUGUAAGCUAAUUGAAAAUACGCGACGACCCGUUCGGGACGCAGGCAGCGAAUCUUGAAUCUCCGCCACACGUCUAUAUAUACAUGAGAAACAUGACUGACCUGUUGUUCUCCUAUCAUUUUUUUUAUCUGGGUAAUGUUAGAGAAACAUAAUGGAAUUGAGCUUGGAUUUGAGUUCGGUUUUUGUUCCAAAAACCAUAACCGAGUUUCUCAAAGAAGCUUCGAAAAUCAAAGAUGGGUUCCAAAAAUCAUCAAAGAUUAGUGAUUAUGUUAAAAGAUUGGAAGAUGAGAUGAAGAAAAUUGAUGGUUUUAAACGUGAACUUCCUCUUUGCAUGCUUCUCUUGAAAGAUGGGAUUGAGAGAUUGAAGGUGGAAGAAGUGCAGUGUAAAGAAACGGACGACGGAUUGCCAUUGAAGGAAAAUGAUGACAGUGACAAGACAAACUGGUUGAGUUCAGUACAACUGUGGAACUCUGAUUUCAACAUCGUUGAUCAUAACAAGAAACCGAACACAGUUUCAGAGCUGAAACCGAGAAGUGGCAGAGAAGAAGAAGAAGAUAUGUCUGAAAACCCAAUUAAAGUUUGUAACAGUAAAAGCAGGGGAGGGGCUUUUGUUCCAUUUAAGGACAUUUCAGGAAUUCCUCUUAUGAACCCAAGUUUUGAAUUGGUAUCUUGUAAUGGAAUCUUGAGAAACAAUGGCGGCUGCACAAUUGGUUCCGGUUCUUCCUUAACCGCAGAAAAAACGCAUAUUAAGUUUCAGACAGAAUCACAAGAUCAACAAAAACAGCAGCAGAGUUCGAGGAAACAAAGGCGAUGCUGGUCACCUGAGCUUCAUAGACUAUUUGUUGAUGCCCUUCAGCAGCUUGGAGGUUCUCAAGUGGCAACUCCUAAACAGAUUAAAGAAGUGAUGCAAGUUGAUGAUCUCACCAAUGAUGAAGUGAAAAGCCAUUUGCAGAAAUAUAGACUCCAUAUCCGAAAACUUCCGCCUUCUUCAGCUCGAAACCAGUGCAAUGAGAACAUGAAAUCACAGUCUGGUUCUCCACAAUGUCCCCUCACCGUGAGUGCUUUGGCUAAAGGAAUGUCGAGUACCGGCGGUGACAGUAUGGACGGCGAAGACGACGAAAAAUCGGAUGGCCUUAGUUGGAGAAGUGGAGUUCACAAGCCAGGAGAGAUUGAAUGUAUAGUAAGAUAGCUUAUUCCCAUAAAUUUUUACAAAAAAAGAAAAACAUGGGGAAAAUUGAAGAUAAUUAUAGUGAGUUAGUGAGAAUAAUUUAGUCAACAAGUAGAGCAAUUCGAAAUCGAUAUCCUGUUUUAGGCACUAUCAGAGGGCGAUUAUUCGAAGAGAUUUUUGCAGAUAUCAUGGACUGGUUUAGUUUAUGCUCUAAUAUGGAAUCAGUUUGUGCUAUUCUAUUGAUGGAUUAUAGGCAGAGAAUGACAAGUUCCUUUAUAGUUUUUUUUUAUUGGUUCUGAGGACGGCUAGUUUUAGCGUCCAUGUACUUCAUAUAGAUUGAUAAUAUUUGAUUUGUGCAGUACCAUCCGAACCCCAGUAACAUAGAUAUUUUAGCAAUGAGAUAUCAGAUGGUGAAAAAAGAGUGGCAUGCACUACUCUUUUUCUCACUCUCAACCAAAAAGCAAAAAUCAGUGCUUUGUAAUUUCAAUUGCCUUCACAAAACAUCAAAUCUUUGAAAUCCUUCAUUGCAAUACCAAUUCCAAUCUUAUCAUCUUUUCCUAGUUCACUUUUACGAUUAGCCAAUUCAGUCCUUUCAACCCGAAACUUGAUCUUUAUUUCAGACUUCCUUUUAAGGUACAUUUAAUCUUGAGUGCACCUUUUAAUAUUAAUCUAAUUUAAGAGUUGGAGUUGGAAUCUGGAAAAUAUAAUUAUUCUUUUCUCACAUUGCAGCCUCUUAAAUCAGUCCUUUCGACAUCAAUAAAUUGGGACCAAUCAACUGGCUUCAGCUUUGCAUCUGCAUAUGUUCUUUACAUCUGAACUCCCUCGUUUUUUGUUUUUGUUCUUAGACGAUAGAAUCAGUGAAGAUAAUAAAUAUCACGUUUAAUGAUUUA